AUGCCUGAAGAGGGCGGCGUCAAUGGCCGCGCAGACCCAACUGAACGAACCGGUCUCCUGUCGCGAAUGACCACCACCGACUCCGGGACACCAUAUCACAAGCAUGAGAAUGUCUGGAUCAAAUACCCCUUCUUAGUGCUACACUUGACUUGGGAGAUUCUCAAGACCAACUACGUCAAUGUCUUCUUGGUGUUUGUGCCUGUGGGCAUCCUGGCGGGCGUGUUGAACUGGCCCCCUGCGCUUCAGUUCAUUUUCAAUUUUAUUGCCAUUAUCCCCCUGGCAUCUCUCCUCGCUUUUGCUACGGAAGAGCUCGCUGUUCCCUUGGGCCAGACAAUCGGAGGACUUCUGAACGCGACAUUCGGAAAUGCGGUCGAGCUGAUCGUGAGCAUCAUUGCUCUCCAAAAGAACGAGAUCCGCAUUGUCCAAGCGAGCAUGCUGGGCAGUAUCUUGUCCAACAUCCUCCUCGUUUUGGGAUGCUGCUUUUUCGUCGGCGGCCUCAAAUACCCCGAACAGAGCUUCAACUCAACCGUGGCAUCGACCAUGUCGUCGCUCAUGACGGUGGCCACCUCAUCACUGAUCAUUCCUGCCACCUUGUACGCUGUCAUGUCCAACAACAAGGCGCAAGAAGAUAACAUCAUGAUUCUGUCGCGCGGAACAUCGAUUAUUCUCCUGCUUAUCUACGUUGCGUACCUGUACUUCCAGCUCAAAUCCCAUGCCAACCUUUUUGACGACGCUGAAGCGCAAGGGCAAGACCAAGAGGAAGCUCAGCUUUUGGGGCCUUGGGCUGCCGGCGUCGUCUUGGUGGUUAUUACCCUCCUGGUCGCCGUCUGCGCCGAGUACCUCGUCGGCAGCAUUGACGCCAUUGUGGAAGAAGCGCACAUUAGCAAAACCUUUAUCGGUCUGAUCUUGAUCCCCAUUGUCGGAAACGCCGCUGAGCACGUCACGGCCGUGAUAGUUGCGUGGAAGAACAAGAUGGACUUGGCCAUUGGGGUUGCCAUUGGAUCUAGUCUACAGAUCGCCAUCUUUGUCACUCCUUUCCUGGUCGUCUUGGGCUGGAUCAUGGACAGACCCAUGACGUUGCACUUCGAGACCUUUGAGACGGUGAGCUUCUUUUUGGCCUCAUUGGUCGUGGUGCUCCUGAUUCAGGACGGAAAGUCCAACUACCUCGAAGGCUUGCUCUGCUUGGGCAUGUAUGCCAUCAUUGCGUUGGCGUUUUACGUCCUGCCAGACGAUGCGGGUUCCGGCUUGAAUUUGGGGAAGCUUUUUGGCGGCAGCGGUGGUGCAUGA